AUGACUGGAUGUAGACAGGCUGCCCAAGACAGCUUGACCUGGGGCCCACCCCUGGGAUCAACACCACCAGUUUCCCAGGAGGCUCCCAUCAGGCCCCCAGUGAGCCAGCACGCACCGUGGCCACAGAGGCCCUGUGCAGAGGGCAGUCAGCCCACAUCCCAGACCAAGCUUCCACCUCCCAGUGUCUAUCAGAACUUUCGGCGCUGGCAACAAUUGAAGGCCUUGAUCCGGAAUAAACUUCCACAGACUCCUGAUGGGGAAGCACUUGCCUGCUUCUUCAUCCCAGUGCUUCGGUCCCUGGCCCGGCUCAAGCCCACCAUGUCCCUGGACGAGGGCCUGUGGAGAGGCCUUCAGGAGUGGGAAGGCAUUAGUAAUUACGAGCGCAUGAAUUUUCACGAGAUGGCGGCCAAGUUCAUGGAAUUUGAGGCUAUGGAGGUGAUAGAGAAUUCAAAGUUGCAGGGCAUUAUGCAUUUCCAAGGCCCGCCUCCUGCCAUCCCACUGAAGCCAGAUUCUCCAAGGCUCUCAUCCCCGGACAUUCUCCAGCAGCCAGAGGGCAACUCCAGCAAGACUGGCCUCAAGGCUAAGCCUGCCAAGCCAUCAGCACCCACAGGUCAGAGGCCGCCAGAGACCAAGGCACCCGAGGAGAUCCCAGCUGAAGCCGUGGAGGAGUACAUGGCCAUCAUGGACUGGCUGGAGGGCCUUCCUCAAUUGUGCACCCAGGACUCUGGGGGAACAUCCAAAGAGGCGGGAAUGGAACAACAGGAUGUGGAAGACAUGUGCUCAGAUCCAGAGCUCCUGAGCCUCCUUGACCAGCUGUGCUGCCAGGAGGAUUUCAUCUCAAAUGUGGAGGCCAUCAUUCAUCCCAAAUUCCUGGAAGAAUUGCUUUCCUCCAAACCAGAGCUGGAUCUUGAGGCCCUAAUUGAGGAGCUGGAACAGGAAGAAGGACUCACCCCCAAGCAGAGAGCGGGGUCUGGAGAUGCCGUGAAUCACAUGGAAGAGUCUCCUGCUGGCACUCCACGCAAGCGAGCAGGGGACAGGAAGGUGGGCAAGGAAUGUGUCCCCAGCCUGGCUUCCUUGCUGGGCUCUGAGUACUGUCUCCUACCCUGGGGACUAUCUCAGAGCCCCAGGUCCCCCACCACCCUCCUGUCCUCUGGACACCAAGCCCCCGGGCCUUCACUGUGCAAGAGAAGAGGCCGCAGCCUGGAUCCCCCUCCACCUGCCAAGUCCAAGAAAAGGGCUCGCAUUGGAGACUCAUGCACCCCAGUAAAGAAUCCAUGCCCAGGGUCUCACUUUGAGGAGUCUGCAAAGCAGGACUUGGCUUUGGCGCUGGUUCAGCCCUCACAGCCUCAGAAGAGAAAGCGUGAGGUGUUGGACGCCCAGACGAAGAAGAGGAAGAAAAAAAAUCCUUGA